AUGCCUUUAGUGCCCACGGACCUGAACGUACCAAAUAACUCAAUUUCCGAAAAAUUUCUCGAUGAAGGUGUUUUCCUCGGAAACCCACCAAUUACAUCAUUUGGCAAGUACUAUACUCAGUUGACUGGUCGCGCCUUGUGCAAUCGUGGAUUGUCGGCAAAAUUGCUGAUCUGUUCGCCAACCCUCCGUUCGAUCCAGACUGCUGAAUCGAUAGCAAAGUUUCUGAAAGCGGACUUGGCUAUAGAACCCGGCCUAAUCGAGCCGUUAGCAUGGUAUCGCAGUGUGAGCAAGAAGCUACCGAACUUUCGUAUCGAAGAACUCGCUCAAAUAUAUCCUAUAGGUGCUAGCUAUUCUCCCAUCAUAUCGAUGGACGCCUUGUCAAAAAUGUUCGGGAAGGAAUCUGAAAUGGAAGGAAUACGACGGAUAGAUUUCGUGCUACGAAGUUUGGCCGGAGAGGAGAGGAGCGAAUCGCUGGUCGUCGUUGGACAUGCGAUUACUCUUGCGGUGGCAGUAGCUUUAAGAUGUGGAGUACUUAUACAAACUGGUUAA